AUGACAUUUGAACUACUGCUCAAAAUCAUUGCUAAUGGACUAUUCUUCACUCCAAAGGCUGUUAUUAGCGAUGUUGGAGGAGUCAUGACCAUGUUCAUCUAUUUUGUAAACCAGCCUCGCCUUCCUAAUAUGGAUGCCCCAUCACGUCGAAAUCAACUCAUUCGCUCAACUUCUAAUGAUAUUCCGAGCAAUGAGGCCUCUUCGUAUUUAUACUCUAGUGCCACAUAUCAGAAGAGUUGUACUGGAAUUUUUCCGCGGGUGACCAUCCUAAUGAUUGUUGUUAUGUUUAUAUUUGCAAGUUUUGGUGUACAAAUUGUUGGAGGAAAAUUAGCUGCUUGUAAUGACCCAACUGUCUUGUCAAGGGUUUGUUACCCAUUUAACUUACCAGUGACCCAGAAAAUGUUUUUUCCUCAGGAAAAUUGUACGGGUAUCUUCUGGCAAAAAAUUUUCGUUACACGUCUAGAAGUUUAUGGAAAAAAUGAUGAAGAGAUGCAUCCAAAAAUUCUUGUGCCAAGAGUGUGGACUAACCCGCGGAAUUUUAACUUCGAUCACGUUGGCAAUGCUAUGUUGGCUUUGUUUGAGACGCUGUCCUACAAGGGGUGGAACGUUAUUCGAGAUAUUCUUUAUAGCAGACAAGGACCU